GUCAGUUAGUAAACAGAGAGGCCCACCAAGCGCUGUCGGAAGUGCCCCGCGACCACGCCUUACAACAAUCGAGAGGAUCUGGCAGCUGGCGAUAACCCCACAAUCGGCAAGAUAUUGCUGCGAACCUGGAGUCAUCGAUGCGAAAACCAGGCUCCAGCUUCGCAAUCCAACCCCAAAACAAUCUCGCAUCCGACAACAAACCAGGUUUCUCGCGGACGAACAAAGCGAGUGACAGAAGACCGAGCAACAGCAAACCACGGAGGUCUCGGGCAGAGUUGAGACAGAGCUUCUACGACCUGGUGGAAGCGACGACCAUCAGCUACACCUCCUCCCCGCCGAAAUCCUCAAACGCUUCGCUUGCUAGUCUCGAGUCAGACAACAUGGCGCGAUUACGGAAAGAAUCGUUCAGCGAUGACGACCUCGAGUACCUCAGCUCGCAGGCAACCAACAUGUCGCUAGAUCCUGCGUCUCAAACACCGCCGAAGCAAACCAGCAGGCCAAGCAACGCUGUUGUUGACUUGACAGACAGCCCGAUACCGGCCAUCCGAUCCCCGGCAGCUGCGACACCAACACCGAGCUUUGGCCAUCCGACAAAACUGGCCCCGCGGUUCGGCCAGCAAGCGGACAAGCCCAAUCCCAUGUUUAUUCAGCGGAGAACCCGGCCCGAGUUUCACACCGACAUGUAUAGGACUUCAGGUCCACUGAAACCGAAGGCCGAGGCUAAGAAAGCGCCAGCGCUCCAAAUGUUUAGUUCCAUGAGUGAAGACGCCCAACCCGCGUACCAGUACACCCAACCUGCGGGGUCGUUUGGGGACAAGGUUUUCUACACGGACCCCACCAAGGCCGCGGCAGACCUGAAGGCCUUGCUCGAGGGCGGCAUGGAAGAUGAAGAGGAGGAGGGCGAGGCGCCCAAACCCGAGGGUGACAAGCCAAAGAAAGAGACCAUCGAGGAUGGUACGCAGGAGGGCAUCAAGGUCAAACUCCUCCCUCACCAAGUGGAGGGAGUGCGAUGGAUGCGUGGGAGAGAAGUUGGGGCCCAAAAGAAAGGAAAGGUGACUAAUGGGGGUAUCCUAGCCGAUGAUAUGGGUCUCGGAAAGACACUGCAGAGCAUCUCGCUGAUCGUCAGCAACACGAUGCCUGGGCCCGAAGAGAAGGGGUGGAAGAAACAUUUCGAUCAGGUGAAGAAAGCAACACUUGUGGUUGCGCCGCUUGCACUCAUCCGCCAGUGGGAGGCCGAGAUCAAGGAGAAAGUGACCAAGGACCACGAACUCCGGGUCUAUGUCCACCAUGGCCCUCAACGGACAAAGGACCCCAAGGUUCUGGGAAAGUACGACGUGGUUAUCACUACUUAUCAGAUCCUGGUGUCUGAGCACGGUAACAGUCACCCAGACCCCACAAAGUCACCUCAGGCGGGUUGUUUUGGUGUCCACUGGUUCCGCGUCAUCCUGGAUGAGGCUCAUAGCAUCAAGAACCGCAACGCCAAGGCGACCAAGGCAUGCUGUGCUCUCCGUUCCGAGUAUCGCUGGUGUCUCACCGGUACACCAAUGCAGAACAACCUCGACGAGCUUCAGUCGCUCGUCCACUUCCUCCGGAUCGCUCCCUACGACGAUUUGGCUGAGUGGAGAGCCAACAUUGAUGGGCCACUCAAGUCUGGUAAGGGCCACAUUGCCAUCCGGCGGCUGCAUUCCCUCCUCCAGUGCUUUAUGAAGCGGCGAACCAAGGAUGUCCUGAAGGAGGAAGGCGCCCUCGCUAAGGCGGAAGGGCGGGACGCGACAGACGUGCCACAGCCCGCUUUCAAGGUCACGCAACGCAAGGUGGUCACAGUCGAGACGGAGUUCUCCGAAGCCGAGCGCGAGUUCUACGACAAGCUGGAGGCGCGUGCCGACAAGAGCCUCGAGAAGAUGAUGAAGGGCAAGGUCAACUACGCCAACGCCCUCGUGCUGCUGCUGCGCCUGCGCCAGGCAUGCAACCACCCGCGGCUGUCUGAGACGAAGCUCGAGAAGGACAGUGAAGCGCUGAUUGGCGAUACGGCGUCGCAGCCGAAAGCGAGCGCUGCAGACGAUCUGGAUGCUCUGGCGGAUGCAUUUGGCGGCAUGGGCAUCCAGACGAAGCAGUGCGAGAUGUGUCUGAACGAUCUGAGCAAGAAGGAGGUGGCGGCCGGUUUGUUGCGCUGCACUGAGUGCGCCGAGAGCUUGCAGAAGGUCAACAAUGAGAGCCCGGGCCGGAAGAAGCCGAAGAAGGAGAAUAGGAGAGUCAGCGUGGUGGAGGAGGAGAUCAAGAUCGAGAAGAUGGCAAAGCGGAAGCCCAAGGGCCGCAAGAUAAUCACCGACAGUGAUGACGAAGAGGAAGAGAUGGAGGGGAGCUGGUUGGUGGAUGAGGAUGAGCGUGGUUCUCUACGCCUAGGCAAGGCCGGCGGCGAGGAAGAUGAGAAUGCAGAGGGUGGUGGCGAAGAUAUCGCCUCGGAGGAUUCCGAUCACUCCUCGGAGGAGGACGAUGGGAGCCAGCUCGAUAGCUUCAUUGUCAAGGAUGAAGAGGUACCGGAGGGUGGAUCAGGCUCCGAGACCGAUUCGGAUGACGAGACGUUUGUCUCAGUGUCUAAGCUACGCACACAGACCGUCUCUUCCUCCCAAAACAACGAGGUAGACUCCCCCGAAAACCCGGGCAUCUCUGAAUCCGAACUCCUCUCCGGGUCCGACUCGGACUCAGACGACGACCUUCCCGUCAAACGGCAUAACGGACACCGCAGCGGUGCCAAACCCAAGCGACACAGCAUCGGCGCCAACAGCAAUACCAUCAUGACCUCGGCCAAAAUCCGCGAGCUCCUCUCCCUCCUUCGUAAAGAAGCCCCCGAACACAAGUUCAUCGUCUUCUCCCAAUUCACCUCCAUGCUCGACCUAGUCGAGCCCUUCCUCCGCGCCCAGCCAGGUCUCAAAGCAGUGCGAUACGACGGCAAGAUGGCCAACGACGCGCGCGAGGCAGCGCUCCGAGCGCUCCGCACCGACCCGCACACGCGCAUCCUGCUGUGCUCGCUAAAAUGCGGCUCCCUCGGCCUCAACCUGACGGCCGCCACGCGCGUCGUCAUCGUCGAGCCCUUCUGGAACCCCUUCGUCGAGGAGCAGGCCAUCGACCGCGUGCACCGCCUCACCCAGACGGUCGACGUGGUCGUCUACAAGCUCACCGUCGCCGGCACCGUCGAGGCCCGCAUCCUCGACCUGCAGGACAAGAAGCGCCGCCUCGCCGAGGCCACCAUCGAGGGCGGCGCCCGCCGCAAGGGUAAGGGCCAGCUGAAACUCGGCCUGCAGGAGAUCCUCGAGCUGUUCAAGCACGACGCGCGCGCCUCCUCGCUGGGCGGGGUGGAGGAUGACGACCCCCAUGGGCUGGGGUCGAAUGGGGUGGUGGUGGGCGAUGUGGGGGAUAUGAUGCGGCGGACGAAGCAGCCGAGGAGGAAGGAGCAUGAGGUUUAUGGGAGGCGGUGGUAGGGUGGCCGGGGGGGCUGGUUUGGGAUAGACUGGGGUUUGGGAUACAUUGGGAAAAGUGGUUUUAGGAGGAAGGGUUGGAUUGGGUGUUCUGGAUGGUGUUGGUUUUGGUCGGAUGGGUUUGUUGGUGGGUUAGGGGGUUAACCGGAUGGUAUACCAACUGGUGCUUUUUUGUGUGUAUCCUGUCUGGAUUAUAGCGGUUCCCUCUCUGCCCGGCCGGUAGCGGCCACAUCGGCACUGAGUAUGGGGCUUUCUUGUGCGUAUCCUACGGUUUCGUAGUUUAUUUUCACCACUGUUUUUAAGAAAUAUG